CUGAUAGGCGGGCCGCGAGGGGUUCCAGCCCCGCCGGGCUGGCGGGGGCUUUAUUCUGGAGUCACUGGCGCGUGGCUGCGCUUUCCUUCCCGUGUGUAGGUGAAACCCCAUUGGCUUCAUUGGCUCCCGGAUAGAAACCACGCCCGGCUUUCUGCCCGCUCGCUGCUGCUGAGCCGGGCGGCCCAGCCCCAGCCCCAUCCCCGCCGGGUGCGCAGGGAGCCGGGCCGCUGCGUCUAUUGUGUGGAUGCCGCGCGCGUCCUCUCCUCUCUCGCAGAGAUGGCUAACAGGGGCCCGAGCUACGGCUUAAGCCGAGAGGUGCAGGAGAAGAUCGAGCAGAAGUAUGACGCCGACCUGGAGAACAAGCUGGUGGACUGGAUCAUCCUGCAGUGCGCCGAGGACAUCGAGCACCCGUCCCCCGGCAGGGCCCAUUUUCAGAAAUGGUUGAUGGACGGGACGGUCCUGUGCAAGCUGAUAAACAGCUUAUACCCACCAGGACAAGAGCCUAUUCCCAAGAUCUCAGAGUCAAAGAUGGCUUUUAAGCAGAUGGAGCAAAUCUCCCAGUUCCUAAAAGCUGCAGAAAUCUAUGGAGUGAGGACCACUGACAUUUUUCAGACGGUAGAUCUUUGGGAAGGGAAGGACAUGGCUGCUGUGCAGAGGACCCUGAUGGCUCUAGGCAGUGUCGCAGUCACCAAAGAUGAUGGCUGCUAUCGGGGAGAGCCAUCCUGGUUUCACAGGAAAGCCCAGCAGAAUCGGAGAGGAUUUUCAGAGGAGCAGCUUCGCCAGGGACAGAACGUAAUAGGGCUGCAGAUGGGCAGCAACAAGGGAGCCUCCCAGGCGGGCAUGACCGGGUACGGGAUGCCCAGGCAGAUCAUGUAGGACACCGCAUCCUGCCCCCCUGGUAGAGAGGACGAAUGUUCCACACCACCGUCUCUACGAAAAAGAAAUAGUUAGUCACCUUCUGACCUCCUCUUUCUCAAAGCCUUCUGUCCCUGGUUUUUGCAAGUGCUGCAUUUCCGCUGAGAAUCCACGUUGCCUACUGCUGCCACCUCCUGUUCAUUUAGAACUAUGCAAAGACUCCGCUUCCUUCCUCUUGAGCUCCUUCUUUGCCCUAAAGUCUCUGUUUCUUUGACUAUUUAUUUAUUUAUUUGCCAAAAAGUCCCCUCCUCAACUUAUAGAAUGCACCGAAUAAACAAAUUAGUCUUGUGUCUUAA